AUUGCCUUCUUCAUCCUGGGAGGAGCGAAGGCUGAGGCCGGAGGAAGCUGUUCUGGCUUGGGGCUUUUUAAAAUAUUAAUUGUAACGUGCAACAUCUAGAGCAUGUUCCACUGCAGCCGGUGAGAGGCUGAAGCAGAUCAGGAGACACCCCCUCUCCAUUGUUAUCAGAAGACACUGACAGCCAUGAGCGGCGGGGUUUAUGGAGGAGACGAGGUGGGAGCUCUGGUCUUUGACAUCGGCUCCUACACGGUGAGGGCUGGUUAUGCUGGAGAAGACUGCCCCAAGGCUGACUUCCCCACCACCGUGGGGCUUCUCAACCACGAUGAGACGUCACUGGACAUUGACGGGGAGAAGGAUACCAAGUCCGGGAAGACUUACUACAUUGACACCAACUCGCUGCACGUUCCGCGGGAGGGGGUGGAGGUCAUCUCGCCUCUGAAGAAUGCAAUGAUCGAGGACUGGGACUGCUUCCAGGCCAUUCUGGACCACACCUACACCAAACACAUCAAGUCAGAGCCCAGCCUGCACCCUGUGCUCAUGUCGGAGGCGCCGUGGAACACCCGGGCCAAGCGGGAGAAGCUGACCGAGCUGAUGUUCGAGCACUACAACAUCCCCGCGUUCUUCCUCUGCAAGACCGCGAUUCUGUGUCCGUCCUUGACUCCGCUCCCCCACUGCAGCUUUGCCAACGGUCGAUCCACAGGACUGGUCCUGGACAGCGGAGCCACGCACACCACCGCCAUCCCUGUCCACGAUGGCUACGUCCUCCAGCAAGGCAUAGUGAAGUCACCCCUGGCUGGGGACUUCAUUUCAAUGCAGUGCAGGGAGCUGUUUCAGGAGAUGAACAUGGAGAUCACUCCGCCGUAUACCAUUGCCUCGAAGGAACCGGUCCGGGAGGGAGCCUCUCCAAACUGGAAGAGGAAGGAGAAGAUCUCGCACGUUACCAAGUCCUGGCACAACUACAUGUGUAACGAAGUUAUCCAGGAUUUCCAGGCCUCUGUACUCCAAGUCUCCGACUCGCCCUAUGACGAACAGGUCGCUGCCCAAAUGCCCACCGUCCACUACGAGAUGCCCAACGGAUACAACUGUGACUAUGGUGCAGAGAGGUUACGGAUCCCUGAGGGACUGUUCGACCCCUCCAACGUCAAGGGUCUGUCAGGCAAUACGAUGCUGGGCGUCAGUCACGUGGUCACCACCAGCAUCGGGAUGUGUGACAUCGACAUCAGGCCGGGUCUGUACGGCAGUGUGAUCGUGACGGGGGGGAACACUUUACUCCAAGGCUUCACGGACCGGCUGAACAGGGAACUGUCGCAGAAGACGCCUCCUGUGAGUAUGCGAGUCGGGUGGCAAUGCCAGGCCCAGUCUCCAUCACGGCAGCCUCAUUUGCACUCACCUCAGAUGAGGGGUUGGCCAAUGCCAGUGAUGGGGGGAGGGGUGGGACAUUCACAGGCACAAACCAGUGGAUACGGAGGGGUGAUGCAGCGGCGCAGCGAGUAGAGCUGCCGCCUCACAGUGCCAGAGAGCUGGGUUCAGUCCUGACCUCUGGCGUUGUGUGUGUGUGUGUGUGUGUGUCUGUCUGUCUGUGUGUGUGUGUGUGUGUGAGUGUGUAUGUGUGUGUGUGUGUCUGUGUGUGUGUGUGUGUGUGUGAGUGUGUAUGUGUGUGUGUGUGUCUGUGUGUGUGUGAGAGAGAGAGAGAGUGUGUGUGUGUGUGUGUGUGUGUGUGUGUGAGAGAGUGUGUGUGUGAGAGAGAGAGAGAGAGUGUGUGUGUGUCUGUGAGUGGGUGGGUGUGUGUGUGAGAGAGAGAGAGUGUGUGUGUGUCUGUGAGUGGGUGAGUGUGUGUGUGAGAGAGAGUGUGUGUGUGAGAGAGUGUGAGUGUGUGAGAGAGAGUGUGUAUGUGUAUGAGUGUGUGUGUGUGUGAGAGAGAGUGUGUGUGUGAGAGAGUGUGAGUGUGUGAGAGAGAGUGUGUAUGUGUAUGAGUGUGUGUGUGUGAGAGAGAGAGAGUGUGUGUAUGUGUAUGAGUGUGUGUGUGUGUCUGUGUGUGUGUAUGUGUAUGAGUGUGUGUGUGUGUGUGAGAGAGAGAGAGAGUGUGAGUGUAUGUGUGUCUGUGUGUGAGUGUGUCUGUGGGUGUGUGAGUGAGUGUGUGUCUAUGUGUGUGUGAGUGUGAGUGUGUAUGUCUGUGUGUCUGUGUGUGGGUGGGUGUGUAUGUGAGUGUGUGUCUAUGUGUGUGUGAGUGUGACCGUGUGGGUUUACCCCAGGGACUCCAGUUACCUCCCACAUCCCAAUGACGUGUGGGGUUAGUGGAUUGAUUGGCCGUGGUAUUGAGGUGGAGAAUGAAAUAUAUUAUAGAAAUAUAUUGAGUGGUGGGGUGGAGAUGUCCAGGUCACCCUUGGGCAAGGUGUAGCACCUGUUUAGCCCUCGGCCAAGAUCACAUGAAUCCAUGGGGGCAGGUGGUGGAUGGUCGUUUGAGCAGCCGGUGCAGAUCACAAGCCCUGGUCAUGUGACCACUGACACCAGGCAGACAAUCUCUGAAGAGUAUUGAUAAUGGUUGGGGUCAUCCAUCUUGUAAAGACUCUGCCCAGAACAAGGCAAAGGCAAACCACCUCUGUAGAAAAAAUUUGCCAAGAACAAUCAUACUGGUGGAAAGACCAUGAUCGCCCAUGUCAUAUGACAUGGCACAUAAUAGUUGAUGGCCAGUUUCCUUGAUGUAUCUCUCUACCGGCCCACAGCCGCCUCUACUGCCGUGAUGAGACCAAACUCAGGUUGGAGAAGCAACACCUCAUAUCUUGUCCAGGUAGCCUCUAAACUGAUGGUAUGAAUAUUGAUUUCUUUAACUCUCUGUAUUACCUCAAGAAAUGAUGAAAGAAACCAAAGACGCUUUAUUAAGCAGUCCUUUGAUGUCGAGUAUAACUUUCUGUAAGUUUCUAAGGUAAAUGGGUUGAGGCCAUGAGUACAGAAGGAAACUGAUGAAGCCGAUGUCAGGACCACAGUCUGUAACACAGAUGAGUCAGGAGCUGGCUGACAGAGGGAGGGGGUAAAACAAAUGCAGAUUUGACAAGGCAGCCACUGUGUGAGGGUCUCACAGCUACUGAUUUUCCCCACUCUCACAGAAGCCAACAUAGUGGGUUGGGCAGCCUCUAUGGGGAAGGGGAUGUUGGCAGGGAAUGGGAUGGACAGUCGAGACCCUUCAUCUGGACUGAAAAAUAGAGGGGAGGUAGUUGGUAUAAAUAGAGUGGAGAAAGAGCUGGCAGGCGAAAGGUUGAUGAAGGAAGGGGAGAGUGGGAAUUGGGUCAGAAGCCAGGAGGUGGAUGAGGGAAGGGGACAGUGGGAAUCAGGUCAGAAGCCAGGAGGUGGAUGAGGGAAGGGGACAGUGGGAAUAGUGACUAAAGCUGAGAGGUAAAGGUUCGAUGAGGGAGAAGGGGAGUGGAAGGUGAUGGGUUUAAUGUGGGAGAGAGGGAAUGGUGUAAUAAGUUGGGUGGGGAUGGGUGGAUGAGGGAGAGGGGGGAGUAUGAAUGGUGA